CGUACUAUAGGGGCACACUGCUGGUAUCGAUCCAUCGGCAUUGAGCGGAGGACUGACGCAACCACUGUUUUCCUAUGUCUUCUUCUUCUUUUUUCGGGCUGGAGGGACUCCAUGUCCUAAUCACUGGAGCCGCGGGUGGCAUUGGACGACGAGCAGUGCAGGAAUUCCUGGACCAAGGAUGUAAAGUCACCGCCCUGGAUCUUCGUCCUCUGGAGCUCGCUCAAGCCCCUGCGGACGUCUACUCGCGACUGCACAUGCUCCAGGGCGACAUCACCGAUGAAGAGUCCAUUCGCUCUAGCGUCUCGCAGGCCACCAAGCGCUUCGGACCCAUCAACAUCCUCAUCGCCAACGCAGGCAUCACCGAUGAAGGCCAGGACUACCCCCUCUGGGAGCUUCCCCUCGAGCUGUGGGAGAAGACGUACCGCGUCAACGUGCGCGGGACCUUUCUUACGAUCAAACACUUCCUCCGGUCCGCCCAGCAGACCCAGCAGGCGCUGGGUAGGGAGCUGGACAACCUUGCUAUUGUCGUGACGGGCAGCGAGACAGGCAGGUUCGGCCAGGAGGGACAUGCCGAGUAUGCCUCGGGCAAGGCGGGCUUGCAGGAGGAUGGGCUGGUUCGGAGGGUGCAGAACGAGAUUGUUCGGCUCAACCGCAGGGCGAGAAUCAAUGCUGUGGCUCCGGGGUGGGUUGACACCCCUCGCAUUGAGGGCCGUCUGGAUGAUCCGAAAGAGCUGUGGGUUGAGGCUCAGGCAACGGUGUCACAGAGGAAGAUUGCGAGACCGGAGGAGGUGGCUCGUACGAUGGCCUUUCUGGCUUCUCAUCGUGCAGCUGGCCACAUUUCAGGCCAGUGCUUGAGGGUGGAUGGUGGCAUGGAGGGACGUCUGGUUUGGAAGGAGAGCGAGGAGACGACGACCACCGGUUGUCGGGAGUUGUCCCUCGUGUCGUCGAUUCCAUCGACCUUGACGACACCGAAGCGCAACAAGAUCCGGGUGGCCGUGUCCAUUGACCUGGAUGCGGUGUCUGGAUGGCUAGGAACGGGGCAACACCCCGAAAACAUCCUCGCCGACUACUCCGCCGGAUUCUUUGCAGCCCGCGUGGGCGUUCCACGACUUGUGCGCAUGCUGAAGAAGCUCAACCUGGCGGAUCGCUGCACAUGGUUCAUCCCGGGUCACUCCGCGGAGAGCUUCCCCGACGAGGUGCGCCAGGUGGUAGAGACAGGCUGCGAGAUCGGGCUGCACGGCUAUGCCCACGAGGGCGCUUAUCAACUCACCGUCGAGCAAGAGCGCGACGUGCUCGUCAAAUGCAUCGAGAUCGCCACCAAGCUCACCGGCCAGAAACCCGUCGGGUAUCGAGCCCCGCUCUACCAGCUCCGGGAGUCGACGAUGGACCUGCUUGAGGAGUUUGGCUUUGAAUACGAUGCCUCCCUCACCGACCACGACUGCCAUCCGUUCUUCGCCCCGCGCCGUCCCCCGCUGGAACCCAUCGACUUCUCCCGCCCCGCCGCCUCCUGGAUGCACCCCAUCCCACAGUCCCCCACAACGCCCGACCGUCGUCCGCUCGUCUGCGUCCCCUGUAACUGGUACAUGGAGGACAUGACCCCGAUGCAGUUCCUGCCGCACGCGCCCAACUCGCACGGCUACACGGACGUGCGCGUGAUCGAGAACAUGUGGAAGGACCGCUUCCUGUGGAUCCGCGAGAACGAGGAGGAGCCCAUCUUCCCGGUGCUGAUGCAUCCGGACACCAGUGGGAUGACGCAUGUCAUUGGCAUGCUGGAGCGGUUGCUGCGCUGGUUGCAAGGCUGGGGGGAGGAGGUGGAGUUUUGUCAGACGGGGGAGAUUGCGCGGUGGUUUCGGGAGAGGGAGAUGGCGAUGAGUAGUGUCUGUUAGACUAGUAGCUGUAGAUUAAGAAGUAGAGAGUUGUGUUGACAGUGAGUGAGUAAAAGGCUGCAUUUAGUCGGUAGUAUAUUAUGAUACUA